AUGGCAGACAGAGACACGGCUGCGAACCAACUGGAGGAGUUUAAACGGACUCAAUGGAGCCCAGACACAUUGACGACCGGUAUCGGCUCCCCGGUGGGUGACAAAAACGCCUCAAUGACUGUGGGACCUCGUGGGACCCUUUUGAUGCAGGAUUUCGUAUACACUGAUGAGAUGGCACAUUUCAAUAGGGAGAGGAUCCCAGAGAGGGUGGUGCAUGCGAAAGGGGGAGGUGCUCAUGGAUACUUUGAGUGCACACACGAUGUCACCAGGUACACAAAACUCAAGCCUUUUGAGUUUGUUGGCAAGAAGACGCCGUUGUUUGUUCGAUUUUCGACUGUUGGAGGCGAGUCAGGCUCCGCAGACACGGCACGCGACCCUCGAGGGUUCGCUGUGAAGAUGUAUACGGAGGAUGGGAAUUGGGACCUCGUCGGCAAUAAUACACCCAUUUUCUUCAUCCGAGACCCACUCUUGUUCCCGAGCUUCAUUCACACACAGAAAAGGAACCCGCAGACUCAUCUAAAGGAUCCGGACAUGUUUUGGGACUUUAUCAGUCUGCGACCGGAAACGACCCACCAAGUGUCAAUCCUGUUCUCGGACCGUGGCACGCCAGACGGAUUUCGCCACAUGAACGGCUACGGAAGCCACACGUUCAAGCUCGUCAACAAGAACAAUCAACCCGUGUAUUGCAAGUUCCACUGGAAAACAGACCAGGGCAUACGGAACCUGUCUGCUGAGAAGGCUGCACAGCUGGCCGGAAGUGAACCCGACUAUGCGAUACGUGACCUAUACAACGCCAUUGCCGAGGGCAACUACCCCUCGUGGAGUCUCAAGAUCCAGGUCAUGACCUUUGAGGAGGCAGAGAAGUUCCGCUGGAACCCAUUCGACCUUACAAAGGUUUGGCCACAUGUUGAGUUUCCGCUUAUUCCUGUUGGCCGUAUGGUGCUGAACCGCAACCCGAAGAACUACUUUGCCGAAGUGGAGCAGGUUGCCUUUAGCCCAGCUCACAUGAUCCCCGGGGUAGAGACAAGCCCCGACAAGAUGCUGCAGGGUCGUCUGUUUUCGUACACGGGAACUCAUCACCAUCGCCUGGGUACUAACUACCUGCAGAUUCCUGUCAACUGUCCGUACGCUCGAGUGAGGAACUACCAGCGAGAUGGAGAAAUGUGUGUCACCGAUAACCAAGGAGGAGCACCCAACUACUUCCCAAACAGUUUCAGUGGACCAAGUGACGACAAGAAAUGGUUGGAGAAUAUGGAUAAGUAUUCAAACGGGCAGGUCGGUCGCUAUAAUACCGCAGACGAUGACAACUUCACGCAAGUGGGCACAUUCUUUAACAAGACCCUCUCCCCAGCCGACCGCGACAACCUAACCGCCAACAUUGCCGGUCACCUAGUCCGUGCACAGGACUUCAUUCAAAAACGAGCAAUCGCCAAUUUUGCGCGCGCCGACCCGGUUUACGGACAAAUGAUUCAGGAGAAAAUGGACAAGAUGAAGGCAAAUACUCAGGUAUCUAGAUACUUAUGUUCGUUUAUGGCCAUCUACAGCGUAUCCAAGAUGAUGCUUAACCCAUCCAUGGAAGGUAUGAAGGCUCAGAUUGCCAAUCUCAAUGCAUCGAAGAAUACGCUUUACCCAUCUAUUGAAGAUAUGAAGGCUGCCCAGAUGGCUCAGAGGAAUGGAUCACAGCUGUUUAAGGUUACUGAACAGCAGGCUAGCGGACAGAAGAACCUGGAAUUCAAAGUAUGGAGGGACUUUGACCGCAUAAGGUGGUGGGACCUGUAUAGCAGCAAUUGGCAGGACCUUGGCCACUUGGGGAACCUGGAUGGCAGCAAGUGGCUUAACCUGAUCUUGGAGGCUGGAAGGACCUGGAAAGCAGUGUGUGGAAAGACCAGGAAAGCAGGCGCUGAAGGGACACUGACUCUGCUUGUGUCUUUCUGUUCUCGAGGAUCUCUUAAUGCCGGUUGA